UCUCCGCGCUGCUAAGCUAGCGCCGCUAGCCUCCGAGGCUCCACCACCAGGAGUUACUAUGAUUUGACACUUUAUUCUAUCUCAAGGACGAAGCGUCUCGACUCCGGGAGAAAAAACGGGAUAAAUUCUGCUAUAAAGAACAUGAAGCUAUGGAAGAGCGGAAGCUGAAGAGAAAGAUCCCCCGGUCCUCCACCAGCACGGCGGCUCCCCUCGGCGGCUCCGGCCGGAAGAACAGCACCACGUCCGGGGGGCGAAACGCGGGCUACAGCCACAACAUGGGGACGCAGUCCAGCCAGAAGAGCAAGACCCGGAGGGGGGUCAAAGACAAACCCAGAUCCCAGCCCGGUCCUGGAUCUAAACCGAACCAGAACCAGGCGGCUCCCAUCGUCCAGCACUCCUUCCUGACCGACGUGUCCGACGUGCAGGAGAUGGAGAACGGCCUGCUGAGCCUCCUCAACGACUUCCACUCAGGGAAACUGCAGGCGUUCGGCAACGAGUGCUCCAUCGACCAGAUGGAGCAGGUGAGGGAGAUGCAGGAGCGGCUGGCUCGCCUGCACUUCGACCUGUACGGCGAGGUGGACGAGAUGCCGGAGGAGCAGAGGAGGCCCUCCGACACCAACAUGGACAAGUUACUGCUCAACCUCGAGGACCUCAGCACUUCCAUCCAGAAACUGAAUCUGGCCGACAGCCAGGAGGUCCCGAGGCCCGCCAACCCCUGACCCCUGACCCCUGACCUCUAACCCCCCCCCCCCCCCCGCAGUAUUAAGAGCUCCUCACCAGCGAAUCACUGUCUGCAGGCCGGAGGCUUGUGGAGCCCAAUCCUGCCGCAAAUCCCCGAUUUGGGACGGAAAUGUCACUUU